AUGAGCAACCCAUUACUUCCCAACGUGGUGCGGCCUAACCUGCCCUUGAGGCAGCCGUCGUCCAUGUGUCCUUCGCUUCCAGGACGCGUCGCGGCGGCUGCGAGCCCCGUCAGGCCGGAUUUGUUAUCAGUUGCAACCGGGAGUUUCCGUUGCACCCGUUGCAAGAAGACAAUGUAUUGCUCUGCACUGUGCCAGAGCAAAGACUGGAAGUGCCACAGACUGAUUUGCGUGCCCGCUGAUCCUGAGCCAGCAAAGGAGAACCUGAAUCUGACUGCGUCUUUGCCAGCGCUGGCCAACAACGACAACUUGAAGGAUUUGAAGCCAGCAUCAGCCCAGAAGGUGUUUUUGAAGGAUUUGGAGAAAAUGAAGAUUAACGAGGGAACAGAAUUUCAGGCAUGUGUUUCAGAGAUCCACAACCCUGGGAGGUUUUUUCUCUUCCUCCAAAAUUCUGAGCUGUUGGAGAAUCUGCAUAACAUCAGGGGAAAGCUCCAGAAGGCCGCCAGCGGUAGCCCAGCGCAACCUUACGCGCCCUGCGUCGGAGAGGUUUGUGCGGUGCAGUUCUCUGCCGAUCAGGUUUGGUACCGAGGCUUUAUCCAGAAGUUGGCGGCUGACAAAAAAGAGGCGCACGUGCUUUAUAUUGACUACGGGAAUGAGGAAAACGUCUCAGUGGACAGGAUGAGAGCCCUGCCUGUGGACCUUGACCUGUUUUAUCCUUGUGCGAUGGAGUGUCAAGUUGCCGGCGUGGAUCCGCCAGAGGGUGGCUGGUUACCCGAGUGCCUUUCUGUCCUCAAGGAGCUUCUGGCUGGCAAGUUCGUGAUGGCGAAAUUGACAGAAAUGGCGGCAAACGGUCCUCCGUACGCCGUGGACAUCCAGCUUCCCACAGGAAAGCUUUUGAGCACGUACCUCCUCGACAGUGGAUUUGGAACAAAAGUGGUCGCUUCACCAAUAAUGCAAGAUAUACAAGCCAUUCUGAACGCGUCCUUGGAAAACUUCAAGCGUCAAUCUGAAGGGAAGGACGACAAUUCAUGGGCUCAGCCUCCCGAACCUUUGACGCAAUCGGUGGGGGACUCCUUCUCUGUAGUGGUCAUGAGCUUCCAAUCGCCAGAUAGCAUCAUUGUGCAGAAGGUGGACAAUGCCGGCAUCAUUCAGAAGUUACAGCUACAAUUGAGGCAACAUUGCAACCAGUUGUCCGUUCCCCAAAAUUUCCGACCGGCGCCGGGCACCGCCUGCUGCGCCCUAUUUACGGAGGACAAGCAGUGGUACCGGGCCAAAGUGCUGGCGUACUCCUCAGAGGAGCGCGUCUGUGUGAGCUACUUCGAUUUCGGCAAUUCCGAGGACCUGGACAUAGCCUGUUUGAAACCCAUCAGCUCGGAGCUGCUUGUGCUGCCCAUGCAGGCCAUUCCAUGUGCUUUAGCAGGAAUCCAGCCUGUUGGGGAGAGCUGGUCAACAGAGUGCCUGUUGGCCCUGCAGCACAGGCUGUCAAACAGAAUCCUGCGCCUGGCCAUUGAAGGGGCGCAGGAGGGCAGCACUCUGGUGGCCCUGGUGGACGAGGCUAGCGACCCUCAAGCCGAUAUGGCUGAACUGCUCGUCUCAGCUGGCUACGCGGUUCCCGUUAAGCCCGAUCCUGUCCCUCCGGCCGCUCUGCAACCACCUGUGCAUGACCGAUCUGACCCUUCAAUACCAUUAAGAAGUCUACGCAUCAAGAUUUCCAAUUUCUCCACAGAUGAUCCAGGCUUCCCAUUGGACUGGAAGACGACGGCUCUACCCACCGACGAGCCCUUCAAGCCUUGCAUCGCAGCUAUUGCCAGUCCUUCCCUCUUCUUUGUACUCAGCCCCAGGCAAGAGGUUGAGCAGAAGCUCCCGGUGACCAUGCAGGAGCUGGCUGCUUUCUGCGGCCAAAACCGGGGUGUGUUAUCCUCAUUCGUGGACUGUGGAAAACUCCUACCGGGGGCCGCUUGCUGCGCUCAGUUCACUGCCGAUGACAAUUGGUACCGCGCCGUGGUGGUGAAAGCAGGCGAUGACGACGGGGUGACGGUCAUCUAUGCCGACUACGGCAACUCUGAAACGUUGCCCAUCUCCCGCAUUCUGCCCAUCCCUGCACACCUGCUGCAGCUCCCCUUCCAGAUUGUCCGCUGUGCUCUGACGGGCAAAGAUCAUUUCCCCGCCGAGUGGCCGCCGGAAGCGCUGCAGGUAUUCCUCAACUAUUUGCAGGACGACUUCCUGGCCACCACGCUGUCCUUCGACGGCUUCGUCAACAUCCUCGCCAUCAGCCGACCUCCCGAAAUGCGCGGCGCUCAAGUGAGCGCCUUGAUUCUAGACGCGCUGCAGACUUCCCGAGUCGAGGCCGUGCCGAGCUUGUCCAACGCCGUCGAAGAGAGAAACGAUGCUCCGGAAACCCCGCUGACACCUGAUUUGGAAACCACAGCGGGGGACACUGAGAUGACCCCUCAAAGUCCCCAACAGACUGAAAUCACUGGAGCGGAGCCCCAGAAGAGCGCUGCGUGUUGCUGCGCAAUCCUGAUCGCAAAGAUAGAGCGUCUGGAGGAGCAAAUGGAGGCUCUGAGGGUGUGUGUUGAGCGUUUCCACACCUAA